GUGAGAGAGGGACAUACUCUGUUAAAAAAUGAGUGAAGAAGGAAGCAAACAGUGGGGACGGACGGGUUUAGCUGAUAUCACAGAAAAAAAAAUCUGAUUACUGAAAAGGAAAAUGAAGAACACAUUUGUGCAAUGCCUGCUCUUUCUGAUCACUCUGCUGUGUUGCACAACAAAUCAAGCUCGUCUGACUGUGAGUCCCAGCAGCUCUCAGUUCUUUGAAGAAGACUUUGUGACUCUGAGCUGUGAGGAGGACGACAGCUCUGCUGGAUGGACUCUGAGGAGAAACACAAGCAAACAACAGAGGACUCAGUGUGGAAGAGAUGGGUGGGGAAAACCAGCUGGCUCUUCCUGUAACAUCAGUCACAUCUACAAAUGGGAGACUGGAGUUUACUGGUGUGAGUCCAGAGAGGGUCCCAUCAGUAACGUGGUUAACCUGACAGUCACUGAGACUGAUCCAGCUGCAGUCUACUCAGCAGUGAGACCUGAAGACGUCAAUUAUGGGCAAAUCACCAUCAAAGAGAAGCAAAGAAAAUCAAAGAAAAGAGAGUGUGAACCAGCUGCAGUCUACUCAUCAGUGCGAACUGGAGAUGUCAGUUAUGAUCAAAUCACCAUCAAAGAGAAGAAAAACAGAUCAAAGAGCAGAGCUGAUGGAGUAAAAUCUGGAGGUGAUGACAUCACAUACAGUGACCUCAAAAUAUUACAUCACCACCAGCAGCCAACCAACCGCCGCAGAGGGAGGCUCUGACUCGCACUUCCUGAGCUUCCAUCAAAUUCAAAUGUUGUCUACUCCUCACUGAAGAAAUCUGCUAGUCCAACCUAACAACCAGCUGCAGGUCCACACAGGCCCUCAGAGCAGAGGGCUGUCAGUAUAAAAGUAUAUUGUGUUUGAUCUUUUCAUUAAAUACACUCACAAAACUACAGCGAGACAAAAAAAAAUGGAAGGAGAUGAGACAUUUUUGUAAAGAAACUCCAAAAUUAAAAAAAAGAAAGUUAAAAAUGUAUUUUUGUCCCAAUGUCUCACUGUGUCUCUAAGGCCAAAACAGAAACAUGUAUUUAUAUACCAUAUAUUAUAUAAUCUAUAACUAAUAAAUAAACAUAAUACAAUGCAUUUAAAAUAAUCAGUAACUUGUGGAACCCUGCUGUCGUCUCCACAGCAGAAAUCUGUUUUUUUGUGCAGGAUCAAUAAACUUUGGUCAGACUUGUU